AUGCAGCAGCAGCUGCAGCGCAUUCGCGACAGCCCAGGGCUCUCUCCAGACACUCUCGAAAUCGUGCAGAGGGCCCUCAAACCCGCAGAACAGCAAAAGCCUGCGCCCCAACCGCCAGUCAACUAG